AUGACUGGCAGCGGUACCUUGGUACAUUUCUUUGCGCAUCAAGAACUGCAAGAUGAGAAGGUUAUCGCAUGUAAGCUCGACUGGGGUCUUGCAGAAAUGAUCUGCAAAACCCGAUGGACUCGAGAACCAGUUUCGGAAUUGUUGAAUUUGAAGCAAUCUGGAGCCAGUCACCAAGGUCAGCACAGAAGUCCAGGAAAGGAGGCCCAAUUUAAGAGUAGGGCGAGUAUUCAGGCCCAGCUCGGCCCGGCAUCUGACACCCCAAGCGUCGCAUGGCCGAAAGACGGGACGAACAGGCUUGAAGAUACCAAUGUCCUGGAUGCGAGCCAAAAGUAUGCCAGGAAGCAGAGGCACAAAACCAAACCAGACAGAUACGAGUACAAGGAUGCAAACGAAAAGACUUCGAAGAAGCGGGAGUCUAAGACAAGGGCAAAGAAAAAGUCAGCAGCUCCACUAAAUCACGAUUUUCAGGCCCCAAACGUGGCCAGCGAAAGACUAAUCCUCCAUCCCAACUCUGGACCAGGGUUUCUUGCCAAAGCAAAAUCUUCGGCCAACGCAGGGAAGAGGGAAUUACCAGAUCUGACUUUUUCGGAAAUGGCAUUUCUCAAAAGAAAGAGACAGGAGGACGAUACGCACCUUCUAAAAUCAAAAGAACAUAGUCUCAGAAGGAAAUGUGACAAGUCACUAAGCCAUGAGAUAGCACAGUUCUUUUCUCGACCAGCAGGGAUGAGACGUGAAGGACAAUGUUUGCGCAAGCCGCCUUCGUCCGAAUCCCGCGUCUCAUGGUCAGUCUCCCCAUUACAGGAUCGAGCACCAACACUGCACCAACGAUUGAGUUCACUUGCACAGCCAUCCAAAUCAGGGCGCAUACAUCUUCAUGAAGCCCACGGUCCAGCUACUCCUUCAAUGGUUCGUCCAACGAGCUCCAAUGGGGAUGAAUUUCUGGAGAAGUUCACGACUGACGCACUCUUGCAUGGAGUCGAAGAAUUUUCCAAGGGAGAAAAGAGACGGUUCUCAUUGAAUGAUUUGAAGCGGCUAGCUGCACAUGCAGCCUCGGACCUGACUGGCGACGAGGGGCCUCGGCAUGAUGAUGCUACGGCGAGCGAUGUCAACGCCCUGAACAAUCAAUUGCACUUGUCUAUGCCGCCUUUGUCGAUCAAAAUCCCAGACUCGCCUCAACCAAUCAAGGACCAGCUACAGCAGAUUCUGUAUCAGACUGCAGAGGAUUGCAACGAUCUGAAAACUGAGUGUCCAAGCGUGCAGCCUUCGAACCAAAACCGAGGGCAACCGCACGCGGACAGUGAAAAGCAGGAUGUGAAUCGAACCCUUCUCCCAGCGUCUGCGGCCUCGAGACAGCUUGUUAGCCCUACCUGCCGCCCUGGCUUGUUUUGGAAUGGCUUUUCGGAAAUGCGAGGGCGAUCCCCUCAUGUCUGCCACUCAGAAAAUCGACUUGGGGACGGCGAGCUCUCCCUGUGUGCAGACAGUAACCUCGAGUUCCAAGGCUGUGCCGCUGAUUCUGUGCAUCCCACUCGUCCGCUACCCGCAAACCCAGUUGUUGUCGGAAUUUUGAUGAAUAGAACCGAGGCACUUGAUGCUGUUGUUGGGUCACCAAGCGAGUUGGAUGAGUUUGACAGAAAACUAUUGGGACUAGAGACUGAGCUGGCGCUGUCGGCAUCGGGAGCCAUGGUCGACCGAGAGUCUCCUCUGUACGGAACCGACGUCGAAAGGUCUUUGCGAGACUCGGGUGGCUACUGGUGCGGAUCGCUGCAGGACGGUGUUGCAGAUGGACACCAGGCUCAUGAUCCCUUCGGAGGCCGCGGUUUACGCAACGUAUCAAUGGACAAUUCCCUGUCCCAUGGUCGCCAGGAAUUGUCUCAACCGCACCGUCAUGUGUCUCAGGGUCCCUCAGAGGGAUUCUCGGGAUUCUCUCGGCGACAUGUUCUAUAUUGA